AAGCACCGCAAGGAGGGGCUAACCAUUUCUUAUUUUUCGUACCGACAUUCCCACCGCCAUUCCCAGAAAAACCUCGCGAUGGACCCUCUUCGCCCCCCUCCUCACCCCCAAUUCCAGUUCCGGAAUUGGCUGGAGCUUCCCCGGGACGUGACGGCGUCGAUCCUCCUGCGGCUGGGCGCCAUCGAGAUUCUGACUAGCGCGCAGAAGGUUUGCUUGCUCUGGCGCAACCUCUGCAAGGACCCGUACAUGUGGCGUAAAAUUGACAUGCGCAACCACGGCGACCUCAGGGAUAUGCCCUACGACCUCGAGACGAUGUGCCGUCACGCCGUCGAUCGCAGCCGUGGCCAGUUGGUCGAUAUCAACAUCGAGUACUUUGGCACGGACAAGCUUCUCCACUACAUUGCCGAGAGUUCAAGUCAGGUCAGACGUCUUCGACUUGUACGUUGCUAUAAAAUUUCAAUCAAGGGAUUUAGUGAAGUGGCUGCAAAACUUCCGUUGUUGGAGGACCUUGCGAUUUCAUACUGUCCGUUGUCAGAAGAACUUCUGGAAGCAGUGGGCCGUUGUUGUCCUCUCUUGAAGUCACUCAAAUUCAACAACCUGGGCUACCGAAGUCCUCCCAUUGAGUGUGAUGAUGAGGCAAUUGCUAUUGCAGAGAACAUGACUGAAUUACGCCACCUCCAGCUUUUUGGAAAUACGCUGACUAAUGAUGGCUUGAAGGCAAUACUUGAUGGUUGUCAUCACCUUGAGUCGCUUGACCUACGGCAAUGCUUCAGUGUCACUCUAACUGGGAAUUUAAAAAGAAGAUGUGCCGAGCGGAUUAAAGAUUUGCGAUCUCCCUGUGAUUCCACGGAUGACUAUGAAUUCAAUGCUGAACUUCAUGAUAUGGAAUCUUUUUAUGAUGACUAGUCUUAUGGGGGUUCGGACACCGACUAUGGUCAUUUUGAUUUUGAUGUCUAUGGGUAUAAUGAAUUAUCCGGCGACAGCAACGAGUAACUGGACUUUGGUGUUUGUGAUCACUUUGGCCACAGCGACUAUGUAAAAUGACUUUUGUGCUGCACUCAACUAUUAGACACCAACAUUUUGAAAUGUUUUGUUUCAGUAUUACGUUGUACAAGGAUUCUAUGGUUUGCAGUCCA